UUAAUCAUAUUUAUAAAUUUGAAUUUGAUUACUGUAACUUUAAUUGUACAAAGAAUUCUUAAUUUGCUAAAGAUAGACAAAUAAAGUAAAAUAUUUAUUUUUGAUAUGUAAUAAUUUCUAAAUAUAUAAAAAUCUUAUGUUGUUUUACCGCCUUUUCAUUUUUUUAAAGUAUUCUUAACUUUUGAAAUAGUCCCGCGCUUGUUAUAAAGUCCCUCAUCACAUUCUCCUGCUCUUUACCUCCUUAUUCACAACACACUGCAAUUCCCCCCUCAAAAAAAAAAAACUCUGAGAGAUGAAGAAAGUGAAAACCAAAGCUGAAAAUAUAGGCAAAGGAAAAGUAACUCCUAUCCAAGUUGCUUUCAUCGUUGAUCGUUACCUCUCCGAUAACGAUUUCUCCGAAACCCGCUCCACUUUCUGCUCUGAAGCUUCUCAUAUCCUAUCCAACUUGCCUGUCAAGGAGGCGCCGAGGAGUUUAUUGAGUUUAGGAGCAAUGUUGGAUGAGUACAUAUGUUUGAAAGAGCAAAAAGUUUUUUUAGAGCAAGAGAAAUUGCAGGUUCAGAAUUUGUUAAGGGGGAUGCAACAAGUUAUGAAUGGUUAUAAUGCAAGUGCAAAUCUGCUGCCCUCUGCCCUAGUUCCUGCUUCUUCAGGACCUUUGCUCCAACAGUCUUCACCAGGUUAUUGUUCUGCAUACACUAGUCCAGCUCUUAUGUCAGCAUCAAUGCCUUCCAAAGCUGCUGCUGAUACCAUGAAAUUUUCUACUCCAAGUUCCGUCCCGACAACUUCAAAAAGGAAAGGGUCCAAGGAUGUUGUUUCAGAUGCUUCCAUAGCUGCCAAGAAAUAUCGUACACGGUCACCCACAAAUCAGUUGUCACUUAAAGGGGCUAGUUCAAUGCCACAAGAUGAUAAGCAUAACAAUAAUUUGAAGAGCUCUGCGGUUCAGCCAUCAGAUCCCAUUGAUGAACCUAAGAGGUCACCAGUCCAAGGAUCUAACAAAAAUUCAUCAGUCCAAGGAUCUAACAAUGCGAAGUGUUUGUCUGAGCACCCCAUUCAAUCCCCUCUAACUAAUUAUUCUGACCCUAAGACACCUCCAAUACAAUCUUCAUCCCAAACUGACAAAUCUAUAUCUCCGCUUGGAAUUUAUUCAACAGCAACUUCCAUCAAAGAAGCUGCUCCCUCUCAUCUAAUGUCGACUAACCACAUGAUAAUCUCUGCAGAGACAAUUCAAGUGACCCCCACCAAACAAAUAGCAUACUAUUCCAUAGAAAGAAAUCACCGUGUUUCGACUUCCUCACCAGUUAAUGCAAACUUGAAUAGGUCUGUGAAGAGAGAUCAAGUAAAAGGUAGGUUAGAUUUUGAUGCCUCAGACAUUCCAAGUAGUUCAGAGGUACCACAAGUUCCUGACAGGAUUUUAACAUCUGAUUCUGAGAAGGAAGGAGAUACUUUUGACUUGGAUUUAUCUAACUUUGGUCUUCUGGGAGAGAAUUUCAAUCUUGCUGAGCUGCUGCAUCAUUUCGACAUUGAUGUACAAGGGGUUGAUCAUUCUUGCCAGGACAAACUGGACUUUUUUCCAGAUUCCUUUUCAGGGUCACCAUAUGAAUCUGGAAAUGUCAACAUUGACGGAAACCAAAUAACAUCACAGCUUUCAUCGCAAGUCUUUUCAGAGAAGGAUACAAGUUUACAAGGUUCAGAUACUGUGAAAACUAUGAAAUCGGUUACCAAAUGUGUCCAACUUUUAAGUCCUGUUAAGAGUAACAGAAGCUCGAGACAUUAGAACUUGUGAGCAAGAAAUGACUAAUUUCUUCAACAGAUGGAUAUGGAGGCUGACAUGCUAGAAUUCAUCACAGC